AUGUCUUCUCCAUGUUUAAGUGGAGGUGGUAGAACCUAUGGAUUUGAUUUAGAAAUAGUCAAGUCCUCAUCUACUUCUUCAACAAGAACAUCACAGACAUCUUCACCGUCUUCAACUAUCUCUGAAUCUAGCAAUUCCCCAUUAGCAAUCUCCACAAGAAAAUCAAGAACUCCUAGAAAAAGGCCUAAUCAAACUUACAAUGAAGCAGCUGCCCUUCUUUCCACUGCCUAUCCAAACAUUUUCUCCGCCAAACACCUCACAAAAUCUAGCAAAUUCACCAAACCCCAUGACAACAGUCUCCUCCUUGACCAAUCCCCUGACUUGUUAUUGCCUUUUCGCGUCUUCGACAACUCUGGAUUCCUACUCCACCAACCAAUCCAAGAAAAACCCAGUUUUGGAAACGAGUCAAAAGUUGCGAGCUUUAGAGAUAAGUCCACUUGCCAGAGCAGUGGGGAAGUUGAUUUCCAUGGGAAUUCAGUGGAAUUGUGUGAUGGAUUCGAUGAGGACUUCGACGCAGAAUCAAUUCUUGAUGAGGAAAUUGAAGAGGGUAUCGAUAGUAUCAUGGGGAAUUUAAGUGUAAGCAAUGAAAUGGUUGAUGAGGUGCCUAAUGGCAUUAGUUCUAGUGAUGCUCAUGGUGGUGGUCAAAUGAAUUCUUGGUAUGGGAAUGGGAAUUCAACGGGAUAUAAUUUUGGCGGGAAAUCGCAAUAUGGUCAUGGAAUUGCAAUAAGAAGAGGUGUUAGAGCUUUGAGACAUGUUGAUGAAGGAAAUUGGUGGAAUUAUCCCAUUGUUGAUAUGUUACAAAUCUCUCCAAGACUCACCACCACCUCCACCGCCGCCACUGCCACGGCCACAAAUGCCAAUGGCAACAAGGGUCCAGAUUGCAAUUCAAUUCCAAAGCCGAAGCCAAAACCAAAGUUGAAAAUGAAAUCCAAUUCGAGCAGCGAAAAGAAGAAAAAGAAAGUGGAGAAAGUAGAGAAACCGGAUGCAGUGGAAUUGAAGAUUGUGGAAAUGGCAGAGGAAAAUCAAAUCAAGGAGGAUUCAAUUCCACGGACCAAUCAUGGGUUGAAAUUGAAAUUGAAUUACGACACCGUUUUGAACGUGUGGUCCGACCGUGGUUCGCCAUUUUCCGACGAAACUAUGGGGUGUGCUGAAGGAAAUGAUGUCUCUGCCAGGCUGGCACAAAUUGAUUUGUUCUCAGAGAAUGGAAUGAGGGAAGCUAGCGUGCUGCGCUACAAAGAAAAGCGCCGUACACGCCUUUUCUCUAAGAAGAUCAGGUACCAGGUCAGAAAAGUCAACGCUGAUCAACGGCCCAGAAUGAAGGGUAGAUUUGUGAGAAGGGCAAACUCAAGCACAAGUAGUGAUGAACAAGAGGAGAGGAAAAAGAAGACUUUUAAAUUGUGA